CGCGGUCGGAGGGGGCCGGCGGCGCGCAGAGCCAGACGCCGCUUGUUUUGGUUGGGGCUCUCGGCAACUCUCCGAGGAGGAGGAGGACAGGAGGUGGAGGGGAGAAGGAACUGCAGCCGCAGCGCCUCCCGGGGAACAGGCGUCUUCCCCGAGUCCUGCCCAAACCUCCCCCUCCCCUCCCCACCGCCUCUCCCCCGACUAGAGCGAGGGGCCGGGAUGAGCUUGUCCCUUCGGCCCGUCCCGGCUGCCUAGUAGCGUUUCGCGUUCAAAAGCCACUUUCUCCGCCCGACAUGGGCCCGAAUGGGGGCUGCAGAGGACCCGUCCGCGGGCGGCGGCAGCAGCAGCAGCAGUCACAGCCGCAGCGCCGCGGUCUCUGCGAUUGAGCUGGUAUUUGGGCGGCUGGUGGCGGCGGGGACGGUUGGGGGGGGGGGAGGAGGCGGAGGAAGAGGCGAAGGAGGAGGAGGGAGAACCCCGUGCAACGUUGGGACUUGGCAGCCCGCCUCCCCCUGCCCAAGGAUAUUUAAUUUGCCUGGGGAAUCGCUACUUCCAGAGGGGAACUCAGGAGGGAAGGCGCGCGCGCGCGCGCCUGGAGGGGCAGCGCAGGGACCCCCCGGACGCCGCCGCCGCCGCCUCUUUGCGCAGGACUCCAGCCGGGCGGCGAGAGAUGCAUCUUUGCUCCUUCCCGACUGCGGCGGCUGAGAGACUUGGCACUCGGAGGAUCGGAGCUGCACUCACCCCGGACGCUCUGCCUCCCCCCGCGGGCAUGAAACGCCCGUAAACUUCGGUCGGGGCUAUCUCCUUGGCGCAGCCGCUGCGUCCUUCUUUGACUGCCCAUCCCCGGCGUGGGGCGCGGUGUGGAUUUCGGAGUCGGGGUUUCUGCUGCAUCUAGCCCCGUUUGCAUGUGCGGGGCCGCGGCGAGUACCCUCCGCCCCCCACCCAGUUGUUUUUCGGCGUCUUCCUCUGCUCGGCGGCAGCAUGGCGAGCCCUCCGGAGACCGACAGCUUCUCGGACGUGCGCAAGGUGGGCUACCUGCGCAAACCCAAGAGCAUGCACAAGCGCUUCUUCGUGCUGCGGGCGGCCAGCGAGGCGGGGGGCCCGGCGCGCCUCGAGUACUACGAGAACGAGAAGAAGUGGCGGCACAAGUCGAGCGCCCCCAAACGCUCGAUCCCCCUCGAGAGCUGCUUCAACAUCAACAAGCGGGCUGACUCCAAGAACAAGCACCUGGUGGCUCUCUACACCCGGGACGAACACUUUGCCAUCGCGGCGGACAGCGAGGCCGAGCAAGACAGCUGGUACCAGGCUCUCCUGCAGCUGCACAACCGCGCUAAGGGCCACCACGAUGGCGCCUCCGCCCCGGGGACUGGAGGCGGUGGGGGCAGCGGCAGCUCCGGCGUCGGGGAGGCUGGGGAGGACCUGAGCUAUGGGGACGUGCCCCCAGGACCCGCGUUCAAGGAGGUCUGGCAGGUCAUCCUAAAACCCAAGGGCCUGGGACAGACGAAGAACCUUAUUGGCAUCUACCGCCUAUGCCUGACCAGCAAGACCAUCAGCUUCGUGAAGCUGAACUCGGAGGCGGCGGCCGUGGUGCUGCAGCUGAUGAACAUCAGGCGCUGCGGCCACUCGGAGAACUUCUUCUUCAUCGAGGUGGGCCGUUCCGCCGUGACCGGGCCCGGGGAGUUCUGGAUGCAGGUGGAUGACUCGGUGGUGGCCCAGAACAUGCACGAGACCAUUCUGGAGGCCAUGCGGGCCAUGAGCGAUGAGUUCCGCCCUCGAAGCAAGAGCCAGUCUUCGUCCAACUGCUCCAACCCCAUCAGCGUCCCCCUGCGCAGGCACCAUCUCAACAACCCCCCGCCCAGCCAGGUGGGGCUGACCCGCAGGUCGCGCACGGAGAGCAUCACCGCCACCUCCCCGGCCAGCAUGGUGGGCGGGAAGCCGGGCUCCUUCCGUGUCCGCGCCUCCAGCGACGGCGAAGGCACUAUGUCCCGCCCAGCCUCAGUGGACGGCAGCCCUGUGAGUCCCAGCACCAAUCGGACCCACGCUCACCGUCAUCGGGGCAGCUCCCGGCUGCACCCGCCGCUCAACCACAGCCGUUCCAUCCCCAUGCCUUCUUCUCGCUGCUCGCCUUCGGCCAUCAGCCCGGUCAGUCUUUCGUCCAGCAGCACCAGUGGCCACGGCUCCACCUCGGACUGUCUCUUCCCACGGCGGUCUAGUGCAUCUGUGUCCGGUUCCCCCAGCGAUGGUGGUUUCAUCUCCUCCGAUGAGUAUGGAUCCAGUCCCUGUGAUUUCCGAAGUUCCUUCCGCAGUGUCACUCCGGAUUCCCUGGGCCACACCCCACCGGCCCGUGGUGAGGAGGAGCUGAGCAACUAUAUCUGCAUGGGUGGCAAAGGAGCCUCCACUCUGGCUGCCCCCAAUGGUCACUACAUUUUGUCUCGAGGUGGCAACGGCCACCGCUGCCUCCCAGGAGCUGGCUUGGGCACCAGCCCAGCCUUGGCUGGGGAUGAAGCAUCCAGUGCGGCAGAGUUGGAUAAUAGGUUCCGAAAGAGAACUCACUCGGCGGGCACAUCCCCUACCAUUUCCCACCAGAAGACACCGUCCCAGUCUUCAGUGGCUUCCAUUGAGGAGUAUACAGAGAUGAUGCCUGCCUACCCACCAGGAGGUGGCAGUGGAGGCCGGCUACCGGGCUACCGGCACUCCGCCUUCGUGCCCACCCACUCCUACCCUGAGGAGGGUCUGGAAGGGCACCCCUUGGAGCGUCGUGGGGGCCACCACCGCCCAGACACCUCCACCCUCCACACUGAUGAUGGUUACAUGCCCAUGUCCCCAGGGGUGGCCCCCGUGCCUGCCAGCCAAAAGGGUAGUGGGGACUAUAUGCCCAUGAGCCCCAAGAGCGUGUCUGCCCCACAGCAGAUCAUCAAUCCUAUCAGGCACCAUCCCCAGAGAGUGGACCCCAAUGGCUACAUGAUGAUGUCCCCCAGUGGCAGCUGCUCCCCUGACAUUGGAGGUGGGCCCAGCAGCAGAACUGCCCCUUCUGGGAGCAGCUAUGGGAAGCUGUGGACCAAUGGGGUAGGGGGCCACCACUCUCACGCCCUGCCCCACUCCAAACCCCCAGUGGAGAACAGUGGUAGCAAGCUCUUGCCUUGCACAGGUGACUACAUGAACAUGUCACCAGUGGGGGACUCCAACACCAGCAGCCCCUCCGACUGCUACUAUGGCCCUGAGGACCCCCAGCACAAGCCAGUCCUCUCCUACUACUCAUUGCCAAGGUCCUUUAAGCACACCCAGCGCCCUGGGGAGCCGGAGGACGGUGCCCGGCACCAGCAUCUCCGUCUUUCCUCUAGCUCUGGUCGCCUUCUUUAUGCUGCAGCAGCGGAAGAUUCUUCCUCCUCCACCAGCAGCGACAGCCUGGGUGGGGGAUACUGUGGGGCUAGGCUGGAGCCCGGCCUCCCACAUCCCCACCGUCAGGUCUUGCAGCCCCAUCUGCCUCGAAAGGUGGAUACAGCUGCCCAAACCAACAGCCGCCUGGCUCGGCCCACGAGGUUGUCCCUGGGGGAUCCCAAGGCCAGCACUUUACCACGGGUCCGAGAGCAGCAGCAACAACCCCUGUUGCACCCUCCGGAGCCCAAGAGCCCAGGGGAAUAUGUGAAUAUUGAAUUCGGGAGUGAUCAGCCUGGCUACUUAUCUGGCCCUGUGGCUUCCCGCAGCUCUCCUUCCAUCAGGUGUCCAUCCCAGCUCCAGCCAGCUCCCAGAGAGGAAGAGACUGGCACCGAGGAGUACAUGAACAUGGACCUGGGGCCAGGCCGGAGGGCAUCCUGGCGAGAGAGAGCUGGUGCGGAGAUGGGCAGAGUGGGCCCUGUACCUCCAGGGGCUGCUAGCGUUUGCAGGCCCACCCGGGCGGUGCCCAGCAGCCGGGGUGACUACAUGACCAUGCAGAUGGGUUGUCCCCGUCAGAGCUACGUGGACACCUCACCGGUCACCCCUGUCAGCUAUGCUGACAUGCGGACAGGCAUUGCUGCAGAGGAGGCAAGCCUGCCCAGGGCCACAGCAGCUGCUCCCUCCUCAUCCUCAGCAGCUACUGCUCCCCCUGCUGCGCCUCAAGGAGCAGCUGAGCUGGCUGCCCGCUCUUCCCUGCUGGCCCCGCAGGGACCCGGGGGCAUGAGUGCCUUCACCCGGGUGAACCUCAGUCCCAACCGCAACCAGAGUGCCAAAGUGAUCCGUGCAGACUCGCAAGGUUGCCGGAGGAGGCAUAGCUCCGAGACCUUCUCCUCGACACCUAGUGCUACUCGGGCAGGCAGUGCGGUGACCUUCGGAGGGGUGACUGCAGUAGGAGGCGGUGGUGGUGGUGGUGGCAGCAGCAGCAGUGAGGAUGUAAAACGCCACAGCUCUGCUUCUUUUGAGAAUGUGUGGCUGAGGCCUGGGGAGCUUGGGGGAUCCUCCAAGGAGCAAGCCCAAGGGUGUGGGGCUUCUGGAGGUUUGGAGAAUGGUCUUAACUACAUAGACCUGGAUUUGGCCAAGGACGUCAAACAACGUCCUCAGGAGCGCCCCCCUCAACCGCAGCCACCCCCACCCCCGCCCACUCAUCAGCCCUUGGGCAGCAGUGAGAGCAUCGCGACCCACCGCUCCAGUGAGGAUUUAAGCACCUACGCCAGCAUCAGUUUCCAGAAGCAGCCAGAGGACCGCCAGUAGGUGAACUGGACAUCA